AUGAGAAUGAUUUUUAGGAAUUUGGUUCGUUACAAUUCUGAUUUUGUUGAAGUGUUUGUGACUGAUUUGCCUUCGAGUAGUGAAAGGUUGGUGAGUAAUACAGUGUGUGAGGAUUCUAAUACCAUACUUGAGGAGAAUGAUUACUUGGGGUGUUAUAAGCCAGAGGCACCGAAGAGUUAUAUGACAAAAGGUUGGGAGAGUUAUAUUCAUUCUGAAGGCCAAAAGUUUGAGGGUGGGGUUGUUGAGUUUAGGGAUAAGCUGCAUAAGUAUGCCAUAGAAAUUGGCUUUUCAUAUGAGUUUGUUAGAAAUGACAAGAAGAGUAAGAUGAUGGGAUCCAAGGUUGUCAAGUCUAUUGUUCUUGAUAAGAUUCGUGCCAAUCCAAACAAAAAGGCAAUUGAUAUAGCUGAUGAGAUCAAGAGUGAUUAUGGUUUGGAUGUUGCUUAUUGUACAGUUUGGUAUGGUACGGAGUUGGCAAAAACAGCCUUACAUGGUGAUGAAGCUAAUUCUUAUGCUCAAUUACUUUGGUUUAGUGAGUGUGUUAUGAAGUCAAACCCCGACUCUAGGAUAGUGAUUGAGUUUCAUCGAGAAACACAUAGGUUUCAGCGUAUGUUUGUGACCUAUGGUGCAUGGAUGAAGGGUUUUCAAUCUUAUAGACCUAUUCAUUUCAUUGAUGCUACAUUCAUUACCAACAAGUACAAGGGGCAGAUCAUUGCUGCAUCGGCUAGUGACGCCAAUCAAGGUUUGUAUCAAGUUGCUUAUGCUAUUGUGGAUUCUGAAAAUGAGAGUAAUUGGAGAUUUUUUCUUGAGAUUUUGGUUGAAGAGUUGGCAAAACACCCUAUGAGGAGGGUGACGUUCAUUUGUGAUUGUCAUGUUGGGCUUGUUAGUGCUUUCCGUAGAGUGUUUCCUAAUAAUCCACAUGGGUUUUGUUUUAGACACCUGAUAUCUAACCUUUCUGACAAAUUUCCAGCUGGUUCUUAUCUUAAGGAUCAGAUUCCUUACUUGUUUAUGUGUUGUGCUUAUUCUCGUACACCGGAGAUAUAUGAGUUCAACAUGGAAAUCUUGAGGAGUGAAGGCGAUGACAUAGUUGCUCAAUUUCUGGAGGAUCUCCCCAAGGAGAACUAG